AUGCUGUGUGCUAUUUCUGGAGAAGCUCCUCAAGUGCCUGUCGUUUCCUCCAAGUCAGGAAAUGUCUAUGAGAAGCGUCUGAUUGAGACAUACAUCACCGAGAAUGGAACCGAGCCUUCGACAGGCGAAAGCCUAACCGUUGACGACCUAAUCGACCUCAAAACCCCACAAUCUGUCCGACCACGACCUCCCACCUUGACCUCCAUACCUUCUUUACUCAGUGUCUUCCAAGAAGAAUGGGAUGCGCUUGCUCUCGAAACAUAUACGCUUCGGCAGAACCUUACUCAAACACGGCAAGAGCUCAGCAACGCCCUCUACCAGAAUGAUGCCGCGAUCAGAGUCAUCGCUCGGCUGACCAAAGAACGCGACGAAGCCCGCGAAGCUCUCGGCAAGGUCAACGUUGCUGCGCCCACCAAUGGUGACGCCAUGCAUGUUGACUCUGCUCCCCUACCAGCAAGGGUCGUGGAGAAGAUUCAGACCGCGCAAGACAGCCUCUCUGCUACCCGACGAAAGCGCCCGGUGCCCGAAGAAUGGGCUACUGGCGAAAGCGUUGCAACAUACACCCCCAAAGUCAUGACGCAGACCCAAUACCCCGGAGGCUCCGCGCUUGCUGUCCAUCAGUCUGGAGAUCUAGUGCUGGCUGGCGGUGUCGAUGGCGGUGUCGAUGUGUUCUCAGUCGCCCGAAAUCAAGUCGUUCAGUCAUUCACCGCUGGAUCUGGCACGAUCACUGGUGCCGCUUGGGCUGGUGAACGGGCAAUCAUUUCGACGUCAAAAGGUCAAGUCAGUGUCCGAGAUGCCGCCUCCGGGUCAGAGCUUGGUCUUUUCACUGCGCAUACUAGUGGUGUCUCGGCCGUCACAGUGCACCCAAGUGGAGAGUUGUUCGCUUCUGUGGGCGCAGACGGAAUUUAUGUGGUCUAUGACAUCGAGACAAUGAGCGUAGCAACACAAGUUGCGAGUGGCGGAGCCUUCACCUGUGCGCGAUUUCAUCCCGAUGGCCACCUUCUUGCGGCCGGCGGGCCCGGUGGUCAGAUUAAAGUCUACGAUGUCAAAACUGGCACUGAGGCUGCCGUCUUCGCGUUUGGCUCCCCUCUCAAGCAGAUCAUCUUUUCGGAGAAUGGUAUCUGGCUCGCUGCGAUUGCCGAGAACUCGACGACAAUUUCGGUCUGGGAUAUCAGAAAAUCGACGGAGAUCAAGGCUUUGGAGACAAACGGCGUUAUUGCGUCGAUCGAUUGGGACUACACCGGACAGUUCUUGGUCUCAGCUGGGCCAAGUGGCAUAACAGUCAAUCAGUAUUCAAAGGCAUCAAAAGCAUGGACUGAGCCGCUGAAGCUCGCUGUGCCAGCCACAGCUGUUGCAUGGGGCAAGUCGGCGCAGAGUCUAUUGACAUUGAGCAGCGAGGGCGCGAUCACGGUAUUGGCAUGA